AUGGCCGCCCCUGAAGGAUCUGUCAGCAUCAUGUCCGAGUCACUGGGCGGGACUUCAAACACGCAGCUCAACAGUGCCUCGGGCGACGUUUACCCCAGAUAUGUGAUUUGUAUCGACUAUGGUACCACGUACACCGGAGCGGCAUGGAUCCUCGCCCAAGGUCCGAAUUCCAAGUUCUCCGAUAUCCGAAUCGUCCAGAACUGGGUCGGCGGCCUCGGAGCCAAGGUGCCGUCGGUGCUCACCUACUCGGCAAGUUCGAGCCAGAAAUGGGGCUACGACAUCGGCGACAGCGUCUAUGCCAUCCGGUGGACCAAGCUGAGGCUCGAGGUGCCGAAGCGCGUCGAUGCGCUCAAGUCGAUGAAGCACACGCUCCAGGAGGCCGACAUGCUCAACUUCGGCCCCGGCAAGCCGCAGUCGGACAUUCCGCGGCACCUGAUAAAGACUUCGGCAGACAUCGUGCUCGACUAUCUCAAGGAGGUGCUCCAUCAAGUGCGCGUCGACAUCGAGAACGUCCGCGACAGGACGCAGCUGGAGCAGUUCCCCCUGGACGUGGUCAUCACGCACCCUGCAGUCUGGGACGACCGGGGCAAAAACCUCAUCUUCCGAGCUGUCACGUCUGCCUUCUGGGCUGCUUUCGGCGAUGUCAAAGUGAGGCUGGGCUGCCUCCGCCUCGCCUCCGAGCCCGAGGCAUGUGCGCAGUACACGGUGCAAGCAGCCCGGGCCCAGCAAACGGUCAGCGAGCAUCAGCUCCGGGUCGGCGAGUGUUUUAUCGUCGUCGACGCUGGCGGAGGAACCGUCGACCUGGUGUCGUACCGCAUCGACCAGCUCUCCCCGUUCAAGAUCGCUAAAGUCACAGCGGUGUCAGGCGGCAGCUUCGGGGCAACCAAGAUCGACAACUGCUUCCUGCAGGAAUUCCUCCCCAACCGGCUCAGUCCCGCGUGCUACACGAAGCUCCUGAACAUGGGAGGAGCCAGAGAACGGUACGGGCGUGCGAACCAUACCGUCCUUAAGCGCGGCGAGCAAAUCAUGUUGGAGAGAUUCGAGGUCAUCAAGCGCGAGUUCGAGGGCCGCGAACCCGGACCCGCAGGACAGCAGCCCCAGUAUUUCAUUCUAGAUUUGCCCCCGGAUAUCGGCGCAAUGGACGACCCGUCUAGAGGUAUUGUGGGAGGCCAGCUCUUUAUCAGCGGUGAGGACAUGGAAGAAAUGUUCAAGGAAUGCGUCGGCGGCAUCAAGCAGCUCAUCGAGGAGCAGCUGUUACAGGUGGUAACCAAGCGGCGGACUGUCCGGACCAUCUUCCUCUCGGGUGGCUUUUCCCACAGCGAGUAUCUCAAGAAGUGCGUCAACGAUCUCGCCCGCUCGUGGCGCUUCGAGCUGUUGCGAAGCGACGAGUGCUGGACUGCCGUGGCGCGGGGCGGCGUCUUGCUGGGCCUUGGUCUGAACUGCAAGGUUCCUCCUCCGGUCGUCCAGAUGCCGUACAGCCUAGGCCUUGUCACCUCCAAGCGGUUUGCCUUGUACGACCACAAGCCACAGCAGAGAUACGAAGACUCGCUGGACGGGGUGGAACGCGCCCGCGACCAUGUCGAGUGGUUUGCCUUCAAGGGCGACCUGAUCCGGCAUGACAAGCCAACUGAGAAGACCAUCAGGCUCGUCAGGAAGCUCACCCCCUUGAGCCCUCGAGCUGGGAGGAUCACCAUCAUUAUCUCCGCGACCGACGACGACCUGCAACACGUCAACCUCGGGGAUAUCUCACCCGGGGAGGUGUCGAUGGACUUCGACCUCAGCACAAUUCCGCCAGAUGUGCAUCAACGGGUGGCGCAGACCGUGACUAACCGCGGGAAGGAGUACGAGAUUAUCCAGUUGCAGCUGGACGUCUCCAUCAACCAAGAACGUGCUGAUAUUGGUUUGAUGUGUGGCAAGACCACCGACGGGACGGGGCGGAUGGGCGUGAACGGGUUCCACCUCGGGAACUGCGAUCCAUUCUCUCUCAAAUGGGUCGAGCUCAUGAACAUGAGCACGUCCGAGUGGAACAUCGGCCCGCUUCCCCCCAAUGUCGUCGCGAUUCCCGGCCCGCUCAAUGCGAGCUCUGACUCCUUCCCACCCGGCUCGCUCGUCAUCGAAAACGCAUCCCACGCCAGCGCCGGUUCGAUCGAAACCGAAAAGGUCAUUUUCGGCGCAACGAGCGGGCUCGUUAUCUCGUGGGCAGCCUGUUGGCUCGUGUGGCACUGGAAGAAAGGCACGUUGCUCUCGCCGCGGGGCUCCAGACUUGCAUCACCAGACCUCGGCCGCACCGUCUACCUGGACGGGGGGGAGACGGCUGCCGCCGCCGACGGCAGCACGCUGGAGCUUGGCGCCAUGGGGGACGGGUUUAUCCAGGCGAGAAAAUUCGAGGCCGAGCUGGAAGCCUACUACGAAAAUGUGCGGACCGAGCUGGAGAUGUAUGAGAAGAAGCUAGACGCCGAUGAUGUUGAGCCAGAGGAUGUGGAAGCUGGCACGGAGCUGUUGCGCAGGAGGUACGAGACCCAGCUUGGCAUCUACGGAGUGCAGAAUUCGCACGAGGUGACACGAGAGCAAAGGAAUCAGAGGGCCGUGGAAAGCGACGCGUUGUUGGCCGACUUCAGAAAGCUGGUGGUGAGCUGGAACGGCCAGCAGAGCAUUGCGAGAUGGAGCCCAGAAGAGCUGGACGAGCUGAGGCAAUUGAAGGCGUUGCUGGGGACCACUUCCGAGAACCAAUAUGGAUAG